AUGGCUGUCACGGUAAAUGGUCACGCAAAUGGCUCUCAUACGGGCCCGUAUUCGGUGCUUGAAGGUGCAAAGCAAGCCAUUGCAACCCUCAAGAAGGUUGCUGGCGAUCAGAUCCCACCUCAGAUUCUCAAGCAUGCCGAGGACGUGACCUUUACCACUGCCACGGAUGGGACGCAGGUCUAUUUCCCGUGCCCCUUCAAAGAGACCGAGGCAAGUGUAGCGUUAAAGUCGAUUGAAGCAAGCGCGGUAGCAGCAAUUGCGGAUUUACGCUAUGGAGAGAAAAAGAGGAAGAUCGAAGUCAAUCUCGAGCAGACCGCGUGCUUCCUAUUCUCAACUUAUAUUGCCACGCUUGGCGGGCUGGGAAAGCAGGAUCCAGCUGUGAAGGCCAAGUUGAAGAACACGGAUUUGCUCCAAGCACAAUCGAACCUCUACCGAAGACUCUCAGCAAACCUCUAUGAGACAAAGAACCCAGGAGAAUACUUCCAUAUCCAUGGGUCUCUCGAGGCAGGCAAAACCCUGAAUAUGAUCGGGCUAGAGGCCUAUCGGCCAGAUCUCACAGACUACCGAGAAUGUAUAAACACGAUUGAGAGCCAUGUUAAGAAAUUCUCGGCAAGUGAGUUGGAAGAGAUGAAUGCGAGAGAACGACAGGCGGGGGUUACCGCAUUGAAAUGGGAACAAUUCAAACAAACAAGCCAUGGAAAGACACUUCUCUCCCUUCCGCCCUGGCAAGUAGAUCGCCUCCAAGACGCCUCGCCUCCAGCUCCAUUCCCCGCAGCUGAAAAUGCGUCUUCAUCCAGCAAACCGCAAAUCCUCUCCGGUAUUCGCGUUCUCGAACUCUGCCGGAUCAUUGCUGGACCAGCUAUGGGCCGUACACUCGCCGAAUACGGAGCCCAAGUCAUCAAAGUCACCUCUCCCACCCUCUCCGAUGUUCCCUUUUUCCAGGUCGAUGGGAAUACCGGGAAGCACACCGUUGACCUUGACCUCAAAUCCCCUGCUGGCCGCAAGGUGUUCGAGGAGUUGCUGCAAACCGCCGAUGUCAUCCUCGAUGGCUACCGGCCCGGAAGUCUAGAACGACUUGGGUACGGACCACAGCAGAUUGCUGAUCUCCUAAAGGGAAGAGGAAAAGGCAUCGUCUAUGUAGCAGAGGACUGCUUCGGCUUCCAGGGCGAAUGGGCCCAACGUCCCGGCUGGCAGCAAAUCGCCGACUGCGUCACGGGCGUCGCCUGGGCGCAGGGUGAAUUCAUGGGCCUGAACGAGCCCGUGGUUCCUCCUUUCCCGAUGAGUGAUUACGGAACCGGCUGCAUGGGAGCGAUUGCCGCAUUGACCGGUCUCUACCGGCGAGCCACAGAGGGCGGUAGUUAUUUCGGCAAGGCCAGCCUAUGCCAAUACGACAUCUUCCUCUUGCAGCUAGGCCUCUACCCGAAAGACGUGCAGGAGCAGAUCCGUCAGGAGCACGACGCGCGCUUCUUCGAACUGCGCCACUCCGACAGCGUGGACGAGGUUGGUGGCCGAGCCUUGAAGAGCAUGAAGAGAGUGCACCCGGAAUUAUUCGACGAGAAGCUGAUGCAGAGGGCAUGGAGCAAGGCAUUCAACGACGAGAUCUGCUGGUGUCGCAGCCCCGUCAGCAUCGAGGAUCUGAGAGUCGGGUUCGAGCGCGCGAGCAGACCGAACGGCUUCGAUCAGCCCACGUGGGAUAACUGGGAUGUUGACCGAGCGGUAAUUGAUGGUUGA